GCCGCCAUGUCUGCGGGAUUCUCCUUCGGGGCCGGCACGCUGGGCUCCGCGGCCGCCGCCGCUGCUGGGGCGGGAGGCGGCGGCGGGGGAGGCUUCUCCUUCGGAGCCGUCCAGCCGAGCUCAACCGGAGGGCUUAAUUUUGGAACCUUGGGCGCCUCGACUGCUACAGCAACUACAUCAGCUCCAUCAGUGGGCUUUGGAAGUGGACUCUUUGGUUCAAAAUCUACCACUGGGCUUGCUCUAGGAGGUACUAAUACAGGAACAGCUACAACUAUUGCUACAGGAUUAACACUGGGAGCUCCUGCCGCUACAUCAGCCUCUACCACAGGUUUUAGUUUAGGGUUCAACAAACCUGCAGGAUCGGCCACACCAUUUGCUUUGCCUAUUACUUCUACCUCAGCAGGUGGCCUCUCACUUUCUUCUGCUCUUACAUCAACUCCUGCAGCAGGUUCUACUGGCUUUACAUUAAAUUUGGGUGGGACAGCUGCCCCAACUACAAGUGCAUCCACAGGCCUUUCACUGGGAGGAGCCUUAGCUGGUUUGGGAGGUACACUCUUCCAGAAUGCAACCACAGCAGCAACAGGACUCGGACAGAAUGCUCUGAGUUUGACUCUGGGGACGACUUCUGCUCCUUCAACUACUGUUAAUGAAGGUCUUGGUGGCAUAGAUUUUAGUAGCUCUUCAGAUAAAAAGAGUGAUAAAACAGGAACAAGACCAGAAGAUAGUAAAGCACUGAAGGAUGAAAAUCUACCUCUACUAAUCUGUCAAGAUGUAGAAAAUCUCCAGAAAUUUGUGAAAGAACAAAAACAAGUGCAGGAAGAAAUUAGUAGAAUGUCUUCCAAAGCAAUGCUUAAAGUACAGGAGGAUAUUAAAGCUUUGAAACAGCUUUUGUCAGUGGCUGCUAGUGGACUACAGAGAAACACUCUUAAUAUUGACAAAUUGAAAAUGGAAACUGCCCAGGAGCUGAAGAAUGCAGAAAUAGCAUUAAGAACACAGAAAACUCCUCCUGGUCUUCAACAUGAAAAUUCAGCCCCAGCAGACUACUUCAGGAUCUUGGUUGAACAGUUUGAAGUACAGCUGCAGCACUACAGACAGCAAAUUGAAGAACUCGAAAAUCAUCUUGCCACUCAAGCAAACAAUUCACAUAUAACUCCACAAGAUUUGUCUAUGGCUAUGCAGAAAAUUUAUCAAACAUUUGUAGCUCUAGCUGCACAGCUUCAAUCGAUACAUGAAAAUGUAAAGAUGCUCAAAGACCAAUACCUUGGCUAUAGAAAAACCUUUCUCGGAGAUGCUAUGGAUGUGUUUGAGGCAAGACGAGCAGAAGCUAAGAAAUGGCAGAGUGCCCCACGUGUUAUUACUGGACCAACCCCUUUCAGCAACAUACCAAAUGCAGCAGCCGUUGCCAUGGCUGCCACACUUUCUCAGCAGCAACAGCCUGCUACAGGGCCACAGCCAUCUCUGGGAGUUAGUUUUGGAACGCCAUUCGGCUCAGGUAUUGGCACUGGCUUGCAAUCAAGUGGCUUAGGUUCUUCAAACCUUGGAGGAUUUGGAAGUAGCUCUGCUUUUGGAAGCACUGCCACAGGCGCACCAUCAUUCGGAUUUGGAACUACAAAUAAACCCUCGGGAAGUCUUAGUGCAGGCUUUGGCAGCUCAACUACAUCUGGGUUUAACUUCAGUAAUCCUGGCAUCACAGCAUCGGCUGGUUUGACAUUUGGGGUGUCUAAUCCUGCAUCUACAGGUUUUGGGACAGGAGGGCAACUUCUUCAGCUGAAGAAACCUCCAGCUGGAAACAAGAGAGGGAAAAGAUAGACACACUGUUGGGGAAAGGGGAAGUGAAUCAGCUUUGUUCAUCCUAAAAGUCUAUUUUUCUAAAUGGAUGCAGUAAUUAAAUUGCAUCCCAGGAGAUUUAUAAAAUUUUGCUAUGUUUCCCUAUUCUGGAAUAUGAAAUGUAAUCAUAUUGAACAACUAUUUUCCUGUGAAUAGAAACCCAUUUAUGUAUUUUUAUUUUGGUUCUAGUUUUAGAAAUGUUCUAUACUGCAUUAUUAAAGAAUCUUGUAAAACCAUCUAUUUAACCUAAUGGUAGUAGCAGAAUAUUUUUUGUUAAUAAGCUUUAUACCUAAUGGUAGUAGCAGAAUAUUUUUUGUUAAUAAGCUUUAUACCAUAUGA